CCGAGACAAGCGGCAGAGAGGCUCGUACAUCGAGAGAGAACGGAGGACUCCAUUGCUGUUCGGAGUGUGUUUCUCGUCGGCCGUGUCGUAUUGCGUGUCUGUCCGCGCUUUCGUGCACACAAGUUUACCUUCCACGUUGGCCGGAGAUUGUGAAUCAAGUAUCCUUUGUGUCUAGUGCCUAAGCGAUAUUUGAAAUCGUCGAGCGUACCAAAACGUAAAAACGAGCCAAAAUGGCUGAUCAACUCACAGAAGAGCAAAUUGCAGAAUUUAAGGAAGCAUUUUCGCUAUUUGACAAAGAUGGAGAUGGUACCAUUACAACCAAAGAGUUGGGUACAGUUAUGCGAUCGCUAGGUCAAAAUCCUACAGAAGCAGAGCUUCAGGAUAUGAUCAAUGAAGUGGAUGCAGAUGGUAAUGGCACAAUCGAUUUUCCGGAAUUCUUAACCAUGAUGGCUCGCAAAAUGAAGGAUACUGACAGUGAGGAGGAAAUUAGGGAGGCCUUCAGAGUAUUUGAUAAGGAUGGAAAUGGUUUCAUAUCUGCAGCGGAACUCAGACAUGUUAUGACAAAUCUUGGCGAGAAACUCACUGAUGAGGAAGUAGAUGAGAUGAUUCGGGAGGCUGACAUUGAUGGUGAUGGCCAAGUGAAUUAUGAAGAAUUUGUCACAAUGAUGACAUCAAAGUGAAUGCAACAUGUGUAAUGGAAAAACUUGCAACUUGGAGUGGUGUUGACGUAUUAAAAUAAAUCAAGAAACAAAGAAAAAAAUAAUGUUAACAAAAUGCGAAUUGACCAGAACGUGAAAAAAAAUCUUAUAUCUGGACGCAAAGAUGUCUAUAAAACGCGAAAAAAGUCAACGUCCGACAUGCGUUAAACAUCAUUAACGAUAAGUAAUACAGGGCAAUUGUUUAAUUAAAGAGUUAUACCACUAAAAUCAUUAUCUCUAAAUACACUAAAUACUUAACCACAGACAACAUGAACAUAAAAGUACAGUUACACAGGCACGAACACAAAUAUGCAGCACAUACACAUACAACAUACUCGUAUAUAUACAAGAGAUGAUUUAUUUCCAUAUAAAAGAAUAUAAUUAAAAAGUGUUAGAUAUAUAUAUAUAUAAAAAACAGACGCGCAUGUUUGUUGAUGAUAAAAAGUACAUUCACAGUACGUUAUCUUGCUUUCCUCUCUUUUCAGCCUUUUCCUGUUUCUUCUUUGCAUAAAUCUAAAAAUUAUUUCGCAUAUUUCUUUCCUUUUUCAAUAAAUCACUAAUAACAAAAAUUGAAUCGACGAGUAGGAAAAUGGAAAAGUAUUAAAAGAAAGGAAAGAUCUUUACGUGCUGCUAUAGUACAUUAUAUAAAUUCGUUUAGGUGAAUUGAAAAUUUAUUCUGUUUAUAUCUAGAAACGUACUCGUAAUGAAUGUCAUCGAUACAGCGCUUGCCGUAGAGAAAACUUUAUCAGUAACGUACAUGUCGAGCGUUUGUUUUGUUUUGCCAAAGAAAAUUCGAGAUUUGGCAUCGUUUUUUCCAGAGUUCAAUCUUUGGCUUAUCGAUGACUUCGUACAUUCUAUAUUACGUUGUAACGAAUAAUUUAAUUCUUCUAAUAACCGAAAAAUCAGGAAUAAAAGUGUAUAAUGAUAAAAAAAAAAAUUGAAACCACGAAAAAUUAAGAGAUGCGUAGUGCAAUCUUAAACUUAUGUUCGCGUAGAAUCUUAAAAGGUUUACGAAAUUGAAUCAUAUUGAAUUCUUAGUAAAAUUUCUUUCUUCAUGA